CUAGCAAUGGCCGCAAUGAGCCCAUUUCAUUCUUGUCAACAAACUAAGAUAAGCGACCAAGCGACUCAAAGCAGUGAGAAAACAAAAUGUACACCUGCGUCUGGAAUGGUCUCUUCCACUAUUCUGCAAGCCUCCCCUGAAUGAGUCAUCCAGCCGGCUCCUCAUUGGAUAAGACCAUGCCAUCCCAAGGGAUUGCCUUGCAGAGGCAGAAAGGCCUUGCUUCCAUUCACAGAAACAUUGCUCUGGAUUUUACUGAGAGCAGAUUGGACUUUGGCGACAGCGGCAGCAGCAGCAGCAGCAGCAGCAGCAGCAGCAGCAGCUCAACACAACCACCACUGUAACCUCAAUAGAGAAAAUUACAGUCAGGUGGCCUGUGAUUGCUAAAAGGCGUUUGCUGCCUGUACCGCUGCUGCUAUGUUACAGGAGAGGGUAAUCAGCACGGCUCAGCCACGUCUGCCAGCACACUUGUGAAAGAGGCAGGCUGUGCGUGUCGGUUGGUGGAGAGAGGGGAGAGAGCAAGAGAGAGAAGGGUAUGCUUCACCGUACCAAAUACAACCGCUUCAGGAAUGAGUCAGUAACAUCCGUCGAUGAGCUUCUCCACGGCCUUUCCAUGAACCCCAAGGUCUCGGCCACCCCCCAGUCUGCAGCCGAGACAUCUUACACACCCCCGACUGAGGUCCAGCCCUCCUCCACCACCACCGCUUCCAGCACCCCCACCAGCCACGGCUCUGACCACCUGGAAGAUGGAGGCACCACCCUCUGCACCCUCAUCAACAAGGUGUCCAGCCUGAAAUUCAGUAACUCAGGCAGCCUGCUGGGCAUCAAGGGUCUGCCCUCGGCUGUCAAGGACCUGGCUGUGUCUAAGCUGCAGGGGGGUGGGGGAUCGGGCUCAGGCAGCUCCAGUGGCCCGAGCCCCAGCGCGGCGACAGCAGCAGCAACAGCGGCAGCAGCCUCUGGUGUGGGCGGCUCUCUGUGCAGCUCGGCCUCCCAUUCAACCCCCUGCUCGCAGCUGGAGCCAGCCGUCAGUAUGAGCAAGAAGAGCCGGCUGGACGAGCUCCAGCCCGGUGGAGAGGACUGGAAUCCAGGUGGAGGUGGUGGACUGGUGAGCAAACCCUCCAGAGGAUGGCUACACUCAAGCGAGAAGAUCUCUGGUCCAGGAGUGACAUACAUUGUGAAGUAUCUUGGCUGUAUAGAAGUCCUUCGGUCAAUGAGAUCCCUGGAUUUCACCACAAGAUCACAAAUUACAAGGGAAGCCAUCAGCCUGGUGUGUGAGGCCGUUCCAGGGACCAAAGGAGCUCUGCGGAAGAGAAAGCCACCGUCCAAAGCUCUGUCCAGUAUCCUCGGGAAGAGCAACCUGCAGUUUGCUGGCAUGUCCAUCAACCUAAAUAUCUCCACCAGUAGCCUCAACCUGAUGACCCCUGACUGCAAACAGAUCAUAGCCAACCAUCACAUGCAGUCCAUCUCCUUUGCAUCAGGUGGAGACCCCGACACAACAGAUUUUGUUGCCUAUGUAGCAAAGGAUCCUGUUAACAGAAGAGCGUGUCACAUCCUGGAGUGCUCUGAUGGACUGGCCCAGGACGUCAUCAGCACCAUCGGCCAGGCCUUUGACCUUCGCUUCCAGCAGUACCUGCAGUGUCCCUCAAGCAAAUUGUCCUCCACACAUGACAGGGUAUUAAACAUGGAGGAGUUACCAUGGACAGAAGAAGAGGAGGAGUCCGCAGAACAUCCCUACUAUAACAACAUCCCCGGCAAGAUGCCACCCCCUGGAGGCUUCAUCGACACCCGGCUGACCAAUCAGAACACAGCAUCAGAUGGAUGCCAGAUGGGCCCAGGCUCAGUAGAUCAGACAUAUUACCAAGGGCGGCAUUGUGGGGAAAACUGGGGAGAUGAAAAAAAGCCCAUAUUCAUACAACAGGGAUCAUUUGAUAUAAGCAGUCUGCCUGAGAGUAAAGGUCAGGCACCAAAAACAGGAGAGAUGCCCGCAUAUGUGAACACCCAGCAGAUUGACGCCCAGGUGCUCGCAGCACUCCAGGCGGAGGCGGAGAAUGUGACAAAGGGCAUGGCAGCUGCAGCCAAAGAGAGCCCACAGAAGGACCUGUUCGACAUGAAGCCCUUUGAGGAUGCCAUUCAGUCGCAGUCCCAUCCGCUGUCCCAUGGGCAAACCCAGUCCCAGGUCUCCAGUCUUCACAAGGCAGCAUCGGUGGACAACUCGAGUCCUCUUCUUGUGCGUUCAGUGGCCUUCCGGGCACAGGAGGAGCUGGAGGGCCAGCCGUGGUACCAUGGCAAAAUGAGCCGCCGUGACGCUGAAAAACUGCUGAAAGAAGACGGGGACUUCCUGGUUCGUAAGAGCACGACAAACCCAGGGUCCUACGUACUGACGGGCAUGCACAAUGGACUUGCCAAACACCUACUGCUGGUGGACCCUGAGGGCACGGUACGGACAAAAGAUCAUAUAUUUGACAGCAUUAGCCAUCUUAUUGGCCAUCACCGUGACAACAAUCUGCCGAUUGUGUCCGCUGGGAGUGAACUGUGUCUCCUACAGCCCGUUGGAAGGAAACAGUGAUGCUUGCAAUGCCUGAUGGGAAAUA